AUGCAGUCGAUUUUAGUCCGCGGAGCACGUAAAGGACCAGGGUAUGCGUCACCAUUAGACGCAUUUAAUAAUGGACCGAGGGAAGAACUUCUUUACGUGGUCUGCGUUCGGCCAAACAAAAACAAACAGGACUAUCUUGCAACAGUGGACGUUGAUUCUAAAUCCCCAACAUACGGCCAGGUCAUUCACCGCACCUACACGGGAGUAACAGAAGACGAACUGCAUCACAGCGGCUGGAAUGUCUGUUCGAGUUGCCAUGACAACGCGGCUCUGAAGCGAGACCUUCUCAUAAUGCCGGGAUUGCAUUCAUGCAAUGUCUACGCCGUUGACGUCGGGACCGAUCCUAGGAAGCCUCGAUUGCAUAAGGUAAUCGACGGCUCAAAGAUGAGGUCAUUCAACUGCAGUUUCCCGCACACGACGCACUGCCUGGCAACCGGCGAAAUUAUGAUCUCAACGAUGGGAGAUGAAAACGAAAACGGAAAGGGGGAUUUUGUGCUCAUCGACUCGAAGACUUUGGAACUGACAGGAACGUGGACUAAGGGGAAAAAUCUUGCUAAAUUUGGCUACGAUUUUUGGUAUCAACCAUACCAUGAUGUUAUGAUUUCCUCAGAAUGGGGUACCCCGAAAUAUUUUAAAAGCGGAUUUCACGCAGAAGAUAUAUCCAACCCCGAGCGAUAUGGUACAAAGUUAAAUGUUUAUAAAUGGUCAACGCGCGAACUACAACAAGUUAUAGAUCUGGGCAGCGAGGGUUGUGCUCCAUUGGAAAUCAGAUUUCUUCAUGAUCCGAAAUCCGCUCAAGGAUUUGUCGGGUGUGCAGUCCAGGCCAAUGUUUACAGAUUCUACAAAACUGCCGAAGGAACUUGGAAAGCAGAUAAAGUCAUCGACAUACCGGCUAAAAAAGUUUUCAAAGAUGGAGUCGAGUCGGAACUUAACGGUUUAAUAUCUGACAUUCUUUUAUCAUUGGACGACAAGUAUUUAUAUUUCUCGUGCUGGCUACACGGUGAUGUUUAUCAGUAUGACAUAUCGAAUCCGGAGCACCCAAAGUUAAUAAGUCGUGUGCAUCUCGGAGGAAAAGUUGCUUCGGAAGGUUUGAAAAUCCUGGACAAGGAAGAGUUGAAGAAUUCAGAAAAACCGAUAACAGUCAAAGGCAAGAUACUCCAAGGUGGACCACAAAUGUUGCAACUAUCAUUGGAUGGAAAACGCUUGUAUGUCUCGUCGUCGCUAUACUCACCUUGGGAUAAACAAGUUUACCCUAAAAUGGCUGAAGAGGGUGGGUGGUUAGUAAAGUUAGACGUGGAUACUGUGAAUGGAGGCAUGAAGUUGGAUCCGGAUUUCCUCGUAGACUUCGGGGCCGAACCGGACGGGCCGGCGUUGCCGCACGAAAUGAGAUACCCCGGCGGAGACUGCACUUCAGAUAUUUGGUUGACAGAUGACUAAAAUAUUCGUUGGCUGGCUAAUAAUAGGAUUUAUAUUACAUAAUAUUAUCAAAACGAAAUCUGCUACAUACGAUAACGUCGUGUGCCCAUAUUUUUGGACGUUUAUUAAUGUAUGUAAAAUAACUUUAGCUUUUAUCUAAUAAUGAAAAUGUAAUCGAUUUAUAAAUCAAUUUGCAUUAUAUAUUUUUGAUAUUUUGCAGAGCGUUAUAUUUAAAAAUAAAUGUGAAAUACAUAUUUAGCUUAAAGGAAAAUUAUCAUAGUUGAGUAAAUCUAUUAACUGUAUCACAAUAAAGAAACAUUCUGGUAAACUUAUAACAUGUAUACUAAAAAUCGAUCAAUAAAU